GCGCGGCUCCGACCCAGCGCGGCCGCCCCCUCGCCCCGCGGCCCAUUGUGAGGUCAGGGUCGGCGGGCGCGUCGGGGGCCUGGGCGAGACGCCGGGAGCGGCCGCUGCGGCCAGUAGCUGCCGCGCCACCGCCGGCCCCUUCAUCGGCCGCCCGGUUCAGACCUAACCGGCACGGGUGAGAGGGAUGCAGCUAGGGGCCCAGCUCCGGUGCCGCACCCCGUAAAGGGCUGACCUUCCACCUCGCCACCUCACUCUCGGGAAGCCAAGACCAAACCAGCUCAGACCUCUUCUGGUGCUUGUAAAACUGAACACAGCAAAAGUAUGGAUAUGGGAAAUCAACACCCCUCUAUUACCAGGCUUCAGGAGAUCCAAAAGGAAGUCAGAAGCAUAGAACAGCAAGUAAUCAGCUUCAGUGGUCUGUCAGAUGACAAGAAUUACAAGAAACUGGAGAGGAUUCUAACAAAACAACUUUUUGAAAUAGACUCUGUGGAUACUGAAGGAAAAGGAGAUAUUCAGCAAGCGAGGAAGAGGGCGGCCCAAGAGACGGAGCGUCUUCUCAAGGAGUUAGAGCAGAAUGCCAACCACCCGCACCGCAUCGAAAUACAGAACAUCUUCCAAGAAGCCCAGUCCCUGGUGAAAGAGAAGAUUGUGCCCUUUUACAGUGGGGGCAACUGCGUGACCGAGGAGUUCGAGGAAGGCAUCCAGGAUAUCAUUCUGAGGCUGACGCACGUCAAAACCGGGGGCAAGGUCUCCCUGCGCAAAGCAAGGUAUCACACGUUAACCAAAAUCUGCGCGGUGCAGGAGAUCAUCGAAGACUGCACGAGGAAGCAGCCCUCCCUGCCGCUCUCCGAGGACGCGCACCCUUCCGUUGCCAAAAUUAACUCUGUGAUGUGUGAGGUGAACAAGGCCCGGGGCACUCUGAUUGCGCUUCUGAUGGGAGUGAGCAGUAACGAGACGUGCAGGCACCUGUCCUGCGUGCUCUCGGGGCUGCUCGCGGACCUGGACGCCCUGGACGUGUGCGGGCGGACGGAGAUCCGGAACUACCGCCGCGAGGUCGUGGAAGACAUCAACCAGUUACUGAAAUACUUGGAUCUGGAAGAGGAAGCGGACACCACGUACGCAUUUGACCUGGGACAGAACCAUUCCAUCCUGAAGAUCGAAAAGGCCCUCAAGAGAAUGAGAGAAAUAAAGAACGAGUUCCUUCAAGCACAGAGCCCUCCCGAACUGUACCUGAGCUCCAAAACGGAACUGCAGGGCCUCAUCGGACAGCUGGACGAGGUGAGCCUGGAGAAGAACCCUUGCAUCCGGGAGGCGCGGAGAAGGGCGGUCAUCGAGGUGCAGACCCUCAUCACCCACAUCGACCUGAAGGAGGCCCUGGAGAAGAGGGCGUCGCUGGCGUCUGAGGCUGAGGAGCACCCGCCCCACAGAGCGGUCUGGAGCAUCCUGGGGAACCUGGCCGAGAUCCAGGGAGAGGUCCUUUCAUUCGACGGCAACCGAGCCGACAAGAACUAUAUCCGGCUGGAAGAGCUGCUCACCAAGCAGCUGCUAGCGCUGGACGCCGUGGACCCGCAGGGAGAAGAGAAGUGCAAAGCGGCCAGGAAGCAGGCGGUGAAGCUGGCCCAGAACAUCCUCAGCUACCUCGACCUGAAGUCCGACGAAUGGGAGUACUGAACCGCAGGGCUCGCGGCCCGCUCCGCGCUUUCUCUCUGCUUCCGUGUGUUCAGAGGGAGCUUUCGGCUCAGGGAGCCGAAAUGGGAUUGACGCGUGCGUAUUUCAAUCUCACUAUUUGUGAUUUAAGCAAAUUCUAUUCGGUAUCUCUGAUGCUUUUGGUGUUGCAAAACAAAUAUCAUUACAGCACAUUAACUUUUCCAUUUGGAUCGUCAUCUGUAUGUUGUGGUGUGGUUUUCUGGGGGCGUUUAAAUCAGAAAGUGGACCGGGCAGCUCUUGUGAUCCGUGAGUGGGCUGUGCAGGACCCCACACAGAGGCGUGGCCUCGUCUGGUACUAGAACAAUUAUGAGAAGGGGGGAGAUUUUUGGUUAAGUAGAAGUAACAGCAGUACAGUGGAUGUUUUAUUAUGCUAAAUAAGGCAGGAGGGGCUUUUUUUUUCCCCCUUUAUUUCUGAGGCCUGAUUGGUCCAACCCAAGUUAAUAGGGUGGGGGGUUUUCAUUUCUUUUCGGGUUUUCUGGUUUCUCAUAAACAUUUUUUGUUUGAAAAACGGCGUCUGUAUUUUCCCCAUACUCCGCCUUUAGAGGGGAAAAUCUUAUUUUUAUGUGCAAUAUAAGACAAUUAUGAAAACUAGUAGCAAAAAAAGCCUUUGAGACUGCAUCGGAGAAGGGAUCAAGCACCAAAUUCCCUUCAAGUUCUCCUUGUUCGUACAAUCUGAAUUCACAGUUUUCUGUAGUAGUAAGGAUGGGAACAUUUAAGUCAAGGUAGGAGACCUUUGAAAAGGAAGAAAGAAAAAAAAGGAAACACCCUUACCUGUAGCGGGGUUAUGACAACCGGAGAUGGGUGACCAGCGUCCGGCUGCUAACACUAAGCGAGCACGUCUGAACGUGCCGCCUCUGGUGUUCGAGGCCGGGUGAGGGACAGACUCCUUGAACCCCUCCCCCUCCCCCCCCAUGCUGUUAUACAGCGUCUGAGAGCAGAACCCGCCGGGAGCUCCACGGGACCAGACGUUUCCGGCCUGUCCAGGGAAGCCCGCUGCCCCCAGCGUCCUCCGACCCCGCGCUCUGGGACGCGGCUCCGGACAGAGCACCUGCCGUGCUGCUCAGCUUGAGUCACGGGCGCACGGGGGUCUGUCUCGGGCCUGGGGGAGCCGGUCAGGUCCGUCCGCGCGGGCAGCAGCUUUCCUCCUGCCGAAGGGCGUGCGUGUUUCUGUAAAUGCUGAGGAUCCGGUCUCAGGGCUGCCGGUCUGUGGGAACACAAGGGUUUCCCCGAGUUCUGAGGGGCCUGGACACCGUGUGGCCCCCGCGCUGUAACAAACAGACGACUCUUUUUUGUUCUCGCUUUUCACAGAAGAAUCCUGUUAGCGCAUCUUUUGGACCCUACAGUGGUCUGUGAUUUUCUUUCAGAGAUACUAAUUUGCUAACUGUGUAAGCAGCUAAAAAUAAGAGAUAAGGGAGUAGCCCUAAAUACCUAAAGAUGAUAAAAGUGUGGCCCUAAAACAGAUUUUCACUUUGUCCAAUAAUGAAAAGCCCUUGAUGUGUCUUUCCUGCUAGAAGUGUUCCAGAUGCAGUGGACAGUGGGGUCACGGCACGUGCGCAGGGGCUUCCGGGGCUGUGGCCUCGAGCCCCCCCCUCCCCCCCCCGCACACCCAGCCCCUGGCAACUGCGGUUCCCGGUGCGGGUCACUGGUGGUAGUUCAUUAAAGUCCUUUUAGGAUUGCUAUUGUGCACCCUAAUUUUAGGGUGCGCUUAAAAUCUCGGAGUUUUUAAAUCCGGGGCCGUCUCAGUCACCCCCCUGGGAGAUCGAGGGCGGCGCUCCGUCCCUUCAGGCAUAUCCCGUGCCAGGCUCUCCUUCAUUUUCAAUGUCAGAUUUGGAAGUUCGGCGUCAGCAUUUCCUUUGGAAGUAUCCAUUGUUGUUUGGAAGGGGACCUCCCGGUGCUGUUCUUUUCAAACGAGGUUUGCCGUGGCCUUGGCGCCGGCCGGCCGCUGAGCCGGGGGCACUGCCCUGAGAGGCGGCGGCGGCUGGCGCGGAGCCUUGCGGAUGUGUCACGAGGGCCAUGGUGGGCACCGGGGCGACCGGGUCGGCCUCGAGUGAGUGUUCAGGCGCGACGUUCCCGUCUCCCAGCCCGUCCGCUUCCCACGGGGCACCCUGGUGACACGGGGUCCAGCUCUUCUGUCCUCGCUGGAGGUGUGUUAACGGGCCUGCCGCAUGUCACCGUAAACUGGGCUCCUCACCCUGUAUUGUAUUUUCAUGACCUUCACGAAGAGAACCUGUACUGGAAGUAAAUCCUGCCCUUUAAGAAUGUUUGGCCUCGGGUCUGCAUUAAACGGUCUAAUCCAUGUUCAUGCAAAAACUGGCUGGGAAUGUUUGCUUUCUUUACCUCCCGUGCAGGCCGCUUUGCUUUCGGGUGGCCUUUUCCCCGAUUAGAUUAAAGCCAACCGACCUGUAAUGAAGUCGUUGUGAAAAUAAACGCAGUGAGUCUACGCAGGACAGUGGGGUGCUCGCUUCUGCAGCGGCUCGGUGUGCAGCGCUUCGGACGCGAGUCCGCGUGGCCGAGGCCCUCGGCCGCUUUUUCGCAUUUGUUUGACUUCGCCAGCUUUCAUCUGGUUUCUGAAGGUCUAAGCUCAUCCUGUACAUACAGGUUAUUUUUAAGCAAAGCUUUUCAGCUUUUAAGUGUCUAGUAUUUUUCUAAGAAUAAUUGGCGAACUAUUUGCCAUUGGUUUUGAUGUACGAUACAGAUGUGUUCCUCCAGCAUGUGGGCCCCCGUCCCUCUGUUCUCAUUGUAUGACUAUUGUAACCGUACGUCUGAAAUAAUGCAGUAUUUUGAGAUAUUAGUAUACCCUUAAUUAUUAAUGAAAUAAAAAUCUCUUAGCUUAUCUUUGCGGUGGAGAAAGGA